AUGGUAUUAGGAGCUUUCCCCAAAUUUGCUAGAUUUCCAGAAAACGCUACCUCAAACCUUAAACGUUACAUAAAAAGUGCGGUGACAGCUGCUAUUAGAGAGGAAGCUAGAAACGCUGGAAUUGAACAGCUCGUGUCAGAUAUCGCAAGCCAGAUUACCCCCACUGUGUACUACUUUCCGCUAAACUGCUCGAUUGCAAUAACUGCCACACAAACUACUGUAACUCCUAAACCUGGACAAGGUCCUCUCACUUGCAUAGUGGAAGACGACAUAAUCACUGAGAUACAGUACCCUGAAGCGACACCAGUGCCGCUUGAAAUCCCGGAAGCACAUCAACAGUUUAUUGUCAGUCUGGCUGUGAGUUGCCUGUUUGAAUGUUAG